AUGUGCCACGAAACUCCGACAUCGCAGUUCAUUGGUACUCUGGUCACCACUAUCGGUACUUUCUACUUCAUCUACCACAUCUGGGCGUAUGACAAGGGGAAAUGUCUCAAGUUUACCAAGAGGACUGCUUUCAGAUGGUUGAUUGUGUGGAUGUUCAUCUUAUCGAUGCUCCUGUUUGAAGCCUGGGGGAUCAUUCUCACUUACGUCAAAUACCAAGAAUGGUACAUGGUCCACAAUGGCGAUAUCAUCCCAGUCCCCUUCAGCGCCUGGUCCGAUUCCCGACAAUUCCUCGUCCGCUCCGCCUACCAGAUCCUCUCUAUUGCGUGGCUGCUCGUCCUCGCCAUCCACUCGGAAGAGACGCUUUACUGGGCUUAUCUCAUCGGUGCGAUCAGGGGAAGGAACACCAAGAGUUGGUAUAGGAGCGUCCACUUCAAGGUCUGGAUAGCCUGUUGCAUCUUUGUGGCUGGGGUCGUACCUGGUGUGGCAAACAUCGAGACGCAAAACCUGACUACGAUGGAAGACAACAUCUUUCUCGUUGGGUCGAUAUCGGCUUUCAUCCUGUUCAUUGGGAGUAUCUGGCUUCUCUUUGUGUUCCCCAAAUUCAUUCAAGAGUCUCGACGUCAGGGGGCCGCUUUGGAUGUGAUUGCACGGCUGCAGUAUUUCAAGGAACUCAACAGUGUCCGGACGUUGUUCCGUCUCCUGUAUUGCAUCUCCAUCCUCACUCUCGCUAUCGACGGUCGGACUGAAAGGAAGGUCGUCAACUCGAACCAUUUCUGGCUCGAUUGUUUCUACAUCUCCGGCCUCUUCUUUGUCUUUACUUCCAACUCGCUGUCACUCAUGAUCCUCCUCCCUCGUAACAUGGCCGACGAAGCGGGCUUCACCCAGGCCCAACAGGUAUUCGUCCGACAGAACGUGAGGCAGCGGGAUUUGAGAACGCGAGGCAGGGGGCAAGAGAGAGAGCUCGAGUUGCCUAGUACUUCGACCAUCGACCGUAAAUUCUCGCCGUACACCCCGCCUCCUACAGACGACAUUGAGUCCGACGCCAUCCACCUUACUCAGCUGCCUUCCCCUCGCGCUGCUCCGCACCGUGGAUCCCAGCCCUGGCAGGCACUGGGCGAAGCGCUCAAUAUCGAGCAACAAGAUCCCGAGAUGGGGUACAACGAUAGGGUUGGCGAGACUUCAAAGGCGUCGAUAUCAGCGUCGGACUUUGAUAAGCCAUUCGCAAUGAACAGGGGAGAGAGGUUGUUGAGAGAUGGGGAGAACAUUGAGCAACCGACACUUCUGAACCACUUCCGCUCGCCGGCGGACUUUACUGAUCCCCCAACGCCCCGCGACUUAAACAUCGUCGUUGUGACAGAUACUGUUGAGGUAGAGGAAAAGGGCCCAUGA